AUGGAUACUGAGUCGCAACUGCCAGACCUUCAUCCGGAGGCUACCCAAGACACCAUCCCGCCUUCAACAGACCGAAGGAAGUCUGGACGCAUGACCCGCAGACCCGAAUUAUACUCCAGCAGCUAUGGCGACGCGACGGGCUCGAAGCGCAAGCGGGAUCCCACCAACCCAGAUAACGACGAAGACAUAGACGAUGACCAGGACGUGUCAGAAUCCGACUCGGACGAUGCGAAUGAUGACGAACCAGACGAGGAAGAAUUGCGAGAACGGAAACGUGCCGCGCGCAAGGCUUCUCGGAGAACAUCUGGGUCCAAGUCGAAACCCAAGCCUCGCAGUGCAAAGAAACCGAAGGUCGCUGCCAAUGGAAUUGGUAGUCAGCUAGCCUUUCGCCCCGCUGUCAAUGGAAAGAAGUCGUCUAGAAAGCACAAAGUACGCCCCAGCUUGGCGGCUGGUGAAACGGGUCUCUAUGCUGAGGUCUUUGGAAAGGGCCGCAAUACCGAAACGACUGCAGCCGACUGGCUCACCCAGUACCAGAAUAACCAGGUGGCUGCGAUGAAAGCGAUGGUCAACUUCGUCCUCCGAUGUGCCGGAACAUAUGUCGAAGUGAACGAUGAUGCUAUCAACGACCCAGACCACGCACCGGAGACGGUCGCGGACAUCCAGGAACAAUACAAGGAAGAAGGAAUCUCCGAAGACUACCCUCUCGUCUCCAAGGCCCGGAAGUUCAGGGCGUUCAAGCCGGUUUUGGAAGAUUUCUACCGCGCUCUCAUCCAAACUCUCCACCAUUCGUCGAUCCUUUAUGACGACCCAGCACUUUAUGAAAAUCUUCAAAUCUGGCUCUCUGCAUUGUCCUCUUGCCACUGUCGGCCUUUCCGGCAUACUUCAACCGUGGCUGCCGUCGCGAUCAUGAACACCUUUUGCGACAUUGCUCAGCAGUUGAUGACCUCGCUUUCUACUUCCCGCAAGCAGCUCGAGAAUGAAAAGAAAAAGAAGUCUGUCAACAAAGGUAGAGCGGCCGCUAUCGAAGAUGCAAUUAAAGAAGGCGAGAAGAAGUUGGACAUAGUGGAUGAAUACAUCAAGGAUGGUGUGAACAUUGUGUUUGUCCACCGUUACCGUGACAUCGAUCCCAUCAUCCGCGCGGUGUGUCUCGCUGGACUGGGACAAUGGAUCCGCUCCUACAGGGAGUUCUUCAUGGAGGGGCAGUUUCUGCGAUACUUUGGAUGGAUUCUGUCGGACCCCUCUGUCCAUGCAAGAUCCGUUGUGCUAAAUGAACUGAACAGCCUCUAUGCCGACAAAGGUAAUGUUGGGAGCCUGCACCCGUUUACUAGCCGCUUCCGCGAGAGAGUCGUUGAGGUGGCCGCUUUCGAUACCGACGUCGGCGUGCGUGCCUCUGCCAUUCAGUUAGCUGGUUACAUGCGCAACGGUGAGCUGCUUGAGCCGGCUGAUAUCGAUACGAUUGGAAGACUCGUAUUCGAUGCAGAGCCUCGCAUCCGCAAGGCGGCGGGUGGAUUCUUUGCCUCCAACGUCGAGGAUGUUUAUGAAUCGACAAUUAAAGAAGUCCGUGAUGAAGCUAAUGACUUGUUUGGCGACGAGGAUGAAGACGAUUUCGAAUCCCCCAAGCGCUCUUGGAUCAAGUUCAAAUGCCUUGCCGACAUCCUUAGUGCCUACGACGAAUCGGCCGAGGAACCUGAAGCUGACAGAGAGAUUACUGCCCCAAGGGAUGCUCUUUCAGGCACAUCCGUGGAUUCACGAUUCAUGCUGGCAACUGAAGCGAUCUACCCACACCUCAAGGACCUUGCCCAAUGGCAGACUUUGGCUGGAUAUCUUCUAUACGACCAUUCCCAGAUUUCAGACGAUCCCAGUGAGGAUGAUGCUGUUGGAACGGUCCGAAAACUAUACAAGCUACAAGAAGGACAGGAAGCAAUCCUCUUGGAAGUCUUGUGUUCGGCUGUCAAACUCCGCGUUCUUGAAAUUGCUAAGUCCAACACUGACAGAAGAGGCCGAAAGGUCAAGGCCUUGGCUGACAAAAUACCUGAACUUCAAGAGGAGAUCGCACACAACCUCGCGCAAAUCAUACCGCAGUUGCUGAAUAAGUUCGGCUCUGUACCAGAAGCCGCAUCUACUGUUUUGCGCCUGGAACAUCUGGUCGAUCUUGAGAAGAUUCAGGAUAUCCAGAAGGACGCCACCGCCUACAUCUCAUUGUUGAACGACAUCAACAAGCAAUUCCUCACUCACUCUGACCAGGAUGUGCUCGCUGAGGCUAGCGUGGCUUUCUUGCACGCAAGAAGCUCCGAUGACAUGCGCGAAGCCUUGGACAGUAAAGUUCAGGAACUGUGGGAAAAUAUGGCGGAGACCCUCAAUACCUUGUACCAGAAGAAGGAAGUCACUGAGGGCACAUCGAUAUCCGCGCCGACUCUGAACAAUCUCACCAACACCGUGAUGCGAAUCUUCAACCUCGCCAGUGUGACGGACUGCGUGCAGGCCCUAGAAUCCAUCCCUGCGCGGUCGAAAGGCAAGAAGAAAAAUAGCUCAGAAGCACCUUUCGACAUUCUCAUGCACCUGGCCAAGCGUGGUCUGCGGGAAGAUGAGGACGAUGAGGAGAUAGCCAACGCAGAAACGGAGCUGGUGACGUGCAGCAUACGUACACUAUUGCUCUACUUCAUGUGGAAAGUCCAGUCUUUGACCGCUUCCCUGAAUUCGGGCAACGCAAAUUUGAACACUGCGUAUUUCGAGACUUUGACCCAGAAUCGCGAGACGUUUGUGACGACUCUGGUUGCUAUCAUGAAGCAACGUUCUGGCUUAGAUGAUAUCCGUUUUGCGGCAACCACCAACCUCCUGGACCUCCAAACGUUAUUUGGUACUCUCCGCCAUGCAGGACAGAUGGCAGCUAACGACGAGGAUGUGCUUCUCCAAAAACAAAGCCUGAUUCAUGAAAUCACUGGUGACCUUCAGUCCCUCAUUACCAAGAUUCACGGCAUCGCGGAGCGCGCCUAUAUUAAGAAAAUCCGUAUUCCGAUUGAGCCUGACGCUGAGGACGAGCCGCUGUCUGAUUCCGAUGUGGAGAAAGAGCCUGGUGAUGACGAGGACGAAUCCGAUGCUGAAGAUGAGGCCAAGAUCAACGAGCGUCUGCGGUCUGGCAUAGUGGCCGAACAACGACUUUGUGAACUGACUGGUAAAAUCGUUCUGGCAAUUAUUGGCCGCAUUAUCGACGCAUCCGGGCCCCAUCGUGGUCAGUUGAAGAAAAAGCUAUCUAAGCAUAAGGAUCACCUGGGCAGCAACUAUCGCGAAGUCGUCGCCUUCCUGGCUGAGCCUAAACCAAAGAGCGCACGUUCCAGCAAACCCAAGAGCAAGCAAUCUGCCGCAAAGGACAAAAGCGCCUCCAGCAAGCGGCCAGAGAACUCCAAGUCUGCGGAGAGGGUGGACGACGUGGACGACGAAGACGAACCUGAACAACGUCCUCAUAUCGAGGAAGAUGAUGAGGAAGAUCUGCGCGCUCGAGGCCUUCUCGAGAACGAUGACAUUGAUCGAGAGAAUGAAGAUGAGUUUGACAACCUCGUACCACCGGUUUCAGACGAGGACGAAGUUAUGGGGGAUUGA